AACAGAAAGCUGAAAGAAUGGCGACUGCUAAUUUGCCUGAUGAUCUAGCUGAGGAUUUACUUUGUCCAGUUUGUUUGGAGUUUUUUAAUGAACCUGUUAUGCUGGCUUGUGGGCAUAACUUUUGCAAAGACUGUAUAGACGUAGCCUGGGGUUCUGAGAAGGUGCCUUCUUGUCCCGAGUGCAGAGAGGAAUUCCCAGAGAAAAAGUACACUGUUAACAGAGUGCUACGUAAGGUAGUGCAGGCAGUUCCAAGGCCACAGCCAGUUGAGAUUCCAAGUAAACCACACCAGGAACAAAAAAGCCACUGUGUAGAUGAAUCACAGCAAUGCCUGACACAUAAAGAGGCACUAAAAUUGUUCUGCUGGGAAGAUGAAUGUCCUAUUUGUGUCAUCUGCAUGGUGUCAUCAAAACAUGCUGGGCACAACUUCCAACCCUUGUACGAAGCUGUCAGUACCUUUCAGGAAAAAUUGAAGACUGCUGCAUCUGGUCUAGAAAUUAAAAUGAAGCACCUGAAAGAAUGUCAAGAGAAGCAAGAGCAGAAGAUCUCCGGUAUCAAGGACAAAUCCCAGACAUUGGAGCAGCACAUUACAUCCAAGUUUGCAAGACUUUACCAAUUUCUCCAGGACAAGGAACAGCAGCUAAUGCAAAGGCUCAAGGAGGAAACAGCAGGAAUUCUGGGAAAGAUGAAUCAAAACUUGAAAAAAAUUGAAGAGAUGACUCAAACUAUUCAGCUGCAAAUAUCUGACAUUCAUUUAAAAGUGCAGGAGGAAAAUCCUGUACUUUUUGUCAAAGACAUGAAGGCAGAAAUGGAAAGGAUCAUGAGAAGACAGGAAAAGGAAGACAACUCUGAUAGUAUGUUGGUUUCAGGUGACCUCAGUCUUGGAGUCUACAAAGGACCCCUAGAGUACAGCAUUUGGAAGGCAAUGCUGUCUGUCAUCAGCCCUGUUCCAUUUCCUGUGACCCUGGACCAUAAUACAGCACAUCCUAAACUCACAUUAUCUGAAGAUAUGCUCAGUGUGAAAGCCGUUGAAAAAGCACAACAUUUCCAAGACAAUGCUGAGCGAUUUGACUACUUUGUCUCUGUGCUUGGAAGUGAGGGAUUCACUUCAGGGAGUCAUUACUGGGAAGUAGAUGUGAGGAAUAAAAUUAAAUGGGAUGUGGGUAUCACCAGAGAGUCCAGUAACAGGAAAGGGUCAUCUGCGGUGAAUCUGGAAAACGGAUACUGGAGGAUAGUUUUGAGGAAUGGGAAUGCAUAUUGUGCAAGGGACUCACCAACCAAAGACAUACACCUGACUGUAAAGCCUCAGAAGAUCGGAGUGUACCUGGACUAUGAGGAGGGACAGCUGUCAUUUUAUAAUGCUGAUAACAUGUCCCAUAUCUACACCUUCACUUUGACCUUCAAUGAGACAGUGUACCCUUACUUUUGGGUUGGCAAUAAUGAUAAAGGUGACAAUGCAGAACCCCUAAAACUGUCUCACCUGAAACUGUAAUGUAUAUUGCACAUAAUCAUUCAUAGAUUCAUAGACUGUAACUAGGCUAAUGACCCAGGAGGCCUUUCUAAGCCUAGCUAAGUUUACCCAAAAGAAUAAUGAUGUCCUGUAUCUAAGUAGGACAUUGAUGGCCAGGUAUUUAUAAGCUACCUCUGUCCAUAAGGGACAUGGGUGCUAGGCCUGGUGUAAAUUAGUUAUUGUCAUCAUCAGUUUUCUGCCAUUUCCCUAGUUGUUAAAUCAUUUAACUCAUUCACUCCAGUGAAGCUCAGGAAGUUUGCAAUUUAAUUUUCAAUGGGCGGAGCCUAAGACCUUUGACAGAAUAAUAUCAUGUCCUUACAUUUCAAACAAAUGUUCAUAUAUCUUGAACCACAGGGGUUAUGAAAAAAGUAUAAAUAGCAAACCCUUCAGCAUAAACUAUUUUUAUAGUGGUAGUAUUG